AUGAAAGGUUGGCUAAAAGAAAAUGCAAUUAGAGCACUUGAAAGUUGUGGGUUUCAUGCUAGGAUUGGCUUAAGAGUUCUUGAGCAAAAGUCUCUCAUUACUGUUUCUCUUGAUCAGAAGUUAGGCAUGCAUGACCAUAUAGAAGAAAUGGGACAGAAUAUUGUUCGUCGUUCGAAUCCUGAUGAACCUAUUCAACAUAGCCGAUUGUGGAUUCAAGAGGAAAUUGAAGAAGUAUUGGGUGAUGACUUGGUUAAUGAAGCAACAAGAGCUAUAACACUUGGAAUAUUAUCAUGGCCUGUCAAGGAUAAUCUCUGUUUUGGAAACAUGAAGAAACUUAGACUUCUUGACGUGGUUUGUCCAUUUGAUAAUUUGUCUGAAGUUGAUCAAAGUUUCUCAAACGCAUUACGAUUUCUACGUUGGCAAAACUACCCUCAUUGCUAUUUACCUAAAACAUUUCAAGCAAGUAAUUUAGUUGCACUUGAAAUGCCUAAAAGCAGAAUUAAACAACUAUGGGGAGAGGGAGAAAGAAAGGUUCUUAAGAACCUCAGAUUCCUUGACUUUAGAUUUUUAAAAUUGAUGACUCUUGAUUGUGGCUUACUUCCAAAUCUAGAGAGUUUAAACCUUGGAAGCUGUUGUCGUUUGGUAGAACUUCGUGCACCUAUUGGAUGUCUAAAAAAACUUGUCUACUUAGGCUUAUGUAAUUGUUCGGGGAUCAAAUCUCUUUCAUUCAUCAAACAGCUGGAAUCACUUCAGGUUCUUGAUCUACGUAAUUUAUAUUUGAAGGAAUUCCCAGAUAUACUCCCGGAGCACUCCAACUGGAAUUUGCUUGAGCUUUAUUUUUCAGGGAACUAUAUCGAAGAACUACCCUCAUCAAUUGGGAAUCUUCAGAAACUUGUUUCUCUAGAUCUCCGCUUUUGCAAUAAACUAAAGAGUCUGCCACAAAGUAUGUAUAGUUUACGAUGCCUAAAACGCCUUGACAUUCAAAAUACUGUGAUAGAAGAAUUAUCGGAGGAUCUUGGCUAUUUAGAAGCUUUAGAAAUACUAAUAUUAAAGGGUACACGUGUCAAGCAUCUCCCUGAUAGCAUUUGUAAGUUGAAACAUUUGAAAACUCUACUUCUUGAAGAUUGUAAAGCUCUUAUGAAGUUACCCGAGGAUCUUGGCCUAUUACAAUCUUUGCAGAAACUAAGUCUAUCACAUUGCAGGAUAAGAGAUGUUCCUAGUAGCAUUUGUAAGUUGAAAAGUCUCAGGAAGUUGUACCUUCUUAAAUGUGAUCAACUUGAGGAAUUGCCCGAGAAACUAGGACACUUGGAAUGUUUAGAAGAGUUAGAUAUACGAGGUACAAUUAUAAGUCAUCUUCCGAGGAACCUUUCUUUAUUGAAGAAUCUGAAAAUCAUGCAACGCUAUGAACGCUAUGAAAGAAUUCCAUUAUACACCGUUUCUCAAGUUUGCACUUCAAUGCACCACUUACAUGGGUGGACCCACACCAGGGACUCUGCUCAUUUCCCCCUUGAAAAAAAGAACAAAAGGUGUAAUUUGUAA